GAUCUUACCAUGAGAUGGAAACUCUAGUUUCCAUAUUCCAGUUCAGAAGACAACUGACUACAUCCCUAUACGGAAUUUUAGGAGCCUGACAGGGAAACAUCAGCCACUCAAGAACUUCAAAAUGAGUGACAACAACACAGCUUUGGCUCCUCCAACUUCAAACCAGGGUCCCACCACCCCACGCAAAGGCCCACCCAAGUUCAAGCAGAGGCAGACUCGUCAGUUCAAGAGCAAACCGCCUAAGAAAGGUGUGAAAGGAUUUGGAGAUGACAUUCCAGGCAUGGAGGGAUUGGGAACAGAUAUCACGGUGAUUUGUCCCUGGGAGGCUUUCAGCCACCUGGAAUUGCAUGAGCUCGCUCAGUUCGGGAUUAUCUGAGGCACAAGAAGUUCCGCUACUCUCAACAGCAUCUGCUGUAACUUUAACUACUUUUAUCCUAUUGAUCUGCCACAGUCUUGAUGUUCAGUAUUGGGAAGUGGUUUCUUGGGCUCACAUGGUCAUUUCUUAUCUUUGACUAUUAAGAGUUCUCUUCACAGCGUGCAAUGUAGCUGAUCUCAGAAUAGCCGAUAAGAAGCUGCUUUUGUUAGGACAUCUAAAAUAUUACCAUUGUUUCCUAUCA